GCAUGAACUGUUCUUCUACUUCGCCCGAAUGUGUGUAAAGCGCGCUAUCUUUCAUUCAGAAAACAAGAUGAAAGUACAUUAAUAUGCAAACAUAAGGCUCCAUAGAUGUCAUAUCAGUUUCUUGAUUCACAUCGGGGAUAGGAAGGCGAAGAAAAAUUCAGUUAUUUAACAUUGGGCUCAGUAUAUAUCAUUGGGAUUUGCCACUGCAAAAUCCCGAAGGGCUGAUAAAAAUUAUUAUGAAAUCAUCAAUUGAGCUUUCUUGACUGCGAUGCUCAAGAUUUAACUGUAUUGGGUCAGAGAUCAAGCGGAAUUGAAAGCACAACCAAAAACGUGAAGUUGAGUUUCCGACUAUUUCGGUCGAGCUGAAACAAGGUCAAAUGCAUUUAUCGAGAGGAAACUUUCUUCUUGAUGUAAACAUGCCAGGGAAAGGCUAUGAAAGGGUACUGAGAGGUUAAAAUUUGUCUCUACGCUUCACUGCUUUUUCGUUUCAGCGCAACAGGAAGUUGUAAGUCACGUGACAUCGUGAUAGCUCACGCAAUAUUUUUUCUUGUGACCGGUUUCUUCCGCGUUACUAUGUUACGGUUUGUGAUUAAAGCAACUGAGUCUAAGUUUUCCAUUGCAAUCCGUUUCAAUCUGCUCCAUUAGUAGUCAUCCUUAGUCCUAUCGGAGUUUUAAAUGACCCUUCUGUGUUUUUCUAUUCAGUUGCACUAAAAUUUCCGUGUUUUCCUCAAGUUUAAGGUAUUUUCGCUCAGCCGAUGAGACUUUUUAAAAAAACUAUUGCAGUGAAGCUCAUUUUCUUUGGACAUAUAGUUAACCAAUUUUUUACAAUUUGUGUUACACUUUUUGACCUAUAAAGUACUUUAAUGUGACCCACUGGAAGCAAAGUGGAAAAUCACACACCCGUCAUGAUUUGAAAGCAUUUCAGCUUUAAUCAGCAACUCGGGUUACUAUGUACGAAGAUUUGUAAUAUCUGCCAAGUCUUUUCUGUAGAAUUGUGGCCAGUAUGAUGAAGGAUGCGUGUCCUAAUACCUGCUUCUACCUUUCGAAAUGUAGCAAAUUUAUUCCGAAAUGAUUAUGGAUACCAAUUCUAAUUUAUUCGAUGACCAAGAUGGCACUAAAACAGAACCUCAGUCUCCCACCAGCUGCUGUCAUAUAUUUGAGAAUCUGGGGCUGGAAGGGGAGGAUGUUGAGAUCAGGGUGGACUUUCCUGAUCUGAAGCUCGUCUACCACAAGACACAGUCCCGUGCUAACCGUCAAUCCAGACAACGAGUCGUGAAAGGAAAGAUCAAGGUGCGUGUGCUCACUCAAGGUCAUCAGGUGCAGACCAUUGAGGUUUACGUCGAGAGAACUCCCAAUGCCGCACUCCUGGUUGGAGAUAAAUGCGGCAGAGUGUACCUCAAGUCCCAGCCAGGACCCUACUUUCCAAAUAAGUAUUACUUCACGGUUGAUUUGGACUCUGUUUACGAGUCUCCAACGAGGCAUGGCGUUCCUGUGUACAAGCUGUCUACAGUGGACGCAGAGAGACGAAAUAAUUUCCGUUUGGUGGUUGUGGUAGUACUAAUCGGUGAUCACCGCAGUAAGGAGUUCAUCAGUCGACCGUUUCGUCUGCGUAGUAAAACAAAUGGCAGGUUCAGAAGCUUGUCAUUAUAGAUCAUCUAGUUAUGUGCUAAUCUGUAAAUCUCUGGCUGAACUGAUAAUUUUAUGUGAAUUCUUCAAGAAAUUCAGGUGCUAUUUUAGCUCUCUGCCAUGAGCUGUAGGAUCGCAACCCCAGCAUACUUUGAAUUUCUUAUAGACUACAGCGAACAAUUGAUACCUAUUUUGUCAUUAACAAACCUUUUGGUUAAAAAUCAGAGUGCAGCCAGAGAUUUAUGGAUCACAUAAAAGUAUUAUCCGUCGAGAAACAAGUCUGUCUUACCGGUUUUCAUGAACUGGUUGAGGUGUACGUUAGAUAUUAUAUAUCGGCUUAUAUUAAGUUGCAAUGAGGUCCACAGAAAAUGAUUGACCUUUUCAUGUGCUUGUACCUGAAAAGUGAAAAGAACUCUAGUAAAUAUUCUGUGUAACAAAAUCAGAACUUCUCCAGAAUAACUACCGUCGUUUGAGUUACAUUGAAUCUCAUUCGAAAUCAAGGUUUGCUCAGGCCUUGCUUCUACAAUAGGAAUGAAAAUAUUAAGGAGCUACUUUACGAUCGCAUAAGCCAUUUUGCAUCUCGCAGAGAUACCAGAAACUAAAAGCAAGCCCCAAAAAAAAUACUCAUAAAGUUGAAAUCUCCAAAAGGGGAAAUGUGAUAAAUUUAAAAGGACCAGGGAUGACACUGAAAGGAUGGAAGAGAUUAAAAUGAAUUGUGAACUAAAAAAUUGAAGAAUGCAGACUUAAGUUUUCAAGGAGCAGAUAUUGUGACCUCUCUUCGGGGAAAGUGCGAGAUUGGAAAGAAGUAUUUUUGAGGCUGUAAACACUUGCUGUUCUUAAAGAUCAAAUUGAAUUGUAAUUUUAAGGCGCUCAAAGUAUUAAUUAAUUAUCUCUUUCGAGGAGUAAACUAGAUUGCAAGGAAGUCGUUUUGAAGGUUGUGAACAUAUAUGCUACUUGAAUUAAGCAACAAGAUUCUCCUCUUCGAAUGUUUUAUUUGUGGUUUUUGACGUUCUUCCUAACGGUAUAGUUAGUUACUUGCGUCACUCUAUAGAGCAACAAAGAUUUUAAAAAAUUACGUAGUUACAGAGUAGGUAUAAGCACAUGGAAAGUUCGACAUUUAAGGAUCCAAUGCCUUUUUUCCAAAGACUACUGCUGUGCAGUGCAUUUUUGCGUCUAAUGAUUAACGAGCCAAGUUUGAUUUCUUUGGUGAUUAGUUGUUUGCAAUUUAGGACUAUGGAUUAAGAGUAACUAUCUUGUCAUUUUUUGAGGUAUAGUUAUGGAUAAUUUUUCCUCUCCCAAGACAUAAAGUUUUGGAAAAGUUUAGGUACUACCAUAUCAGUAUAUAUAUAACCUACAUAGCAUAAACCUUAUAAUUAUUGAAAUGUUCUAGUGUAGCUUUGAUACCUGCUGAUCACUCCAGCUAUGCCCCUGUUAAGUCACGAGUAAUCAUUAUAGUGUAGUUUUCCUGUAUCCAUUUAGAGCAAUUUUCAAUCGAAUGUCGAAAGGAGCACGGUAUUGCUAUGCUUUUACUUAACUUUGCUCUGUGAUUCGUACAAAAAACUUGGUCAUCCUCUCAACUAAUCAGAUUCAAAGCUCAAAACAAUUGCAGCCUGGUAACUCGCGUGUUCCCGCGCUUCAAGCAAGUUUUCCAGUUUGAGUUCUCAUUGGCUUAGUACUUUGGAAACCUUUGUUCUGAUUGGUCCCUGGGACUGCUAUAGUUUUAGUUUUUCGACGUUCCACUUAAAACUGCUCUAAUUACGUUAUUAGGAUCAAGUAUUUUACGGGCUUCGUAUGCGAAACAGAUAAUUGUCUAGCAAUAAUACCCCAUGCAUAUUUCAUGGUCUUUUGCCUUCAGCUUCAAUAGGAUUACAAUCACUUAAUUGAACUGUGGAAGGACGUUAUGCGAGCGAUAUCAAUCUCUAGACUCUUCACGCCCUUUUCUAAAGAAAAUGCUUGUUUUUUACUUUUUGCCAAAUAAAAUCUUUUAAAUUUUAUUUCUUUCACUAUCUGUUCUGAUUUAGCACCGCGUUACGGAUUACUUUGCUCUCAAGCUCCGUACUCUUACCUCUCGAAAAGAAUGAGGUUCAGCCGUAACUAACAGUGCGGACGGAGGAAACGAGGCUAGGGGCGAAGAUUUCAAUUCAAAUAAACGUUUGAAUUUA